GGGUAUUCGUGUGCCCUUCCGCCUAUUAAUAAUAAUAAUAACAACAGUAAUAAUAUUUAAUAUUAUCUCGGUAUGAGCGUGACCCCCGGUGGCUUAUAGCGGCUCUCUGCGCUCGAGUGUCCGGCAUGGAGGAGCAGCAGCUCGGCGCGGCGCUGGACAAGAGCGCGGCGGAGCUCAGCGUCAUGGAUGUGUACGACAUCGCGGCGGCGCUGGGCCUGGAGCUGGAGCGGGUCAUCGAGCGCACCGGCGCGGAGCUCCUGUCCCGGCUUGUGCCGCGGGUCGUACGGGUGCUGGAGCUGCUGGAGGUGCUGGUCAGCCGGAGCUCCAGCAGCCCGGACACCGACGAGCUACGGCUGGAGCUGGAUAGACUGCGGCUGGAGAGACUGGAGCGCCUGGAGAAGGAGAAGAAGCACAAGAAGGAGCUGGAGCUGGUGGAGGAUGUAUGGAGAGGUGAAGCUCAGGAUCUCCUCUGUCAGAUCUCUCAGCUGCAGGAGGAGAAUAAAACUCUGCUCAAUAAUCUGUCCAUCAGAGAGAGUCCGCUGACGGAGGAGGACAUCCAGAAGCAGGAAGGAAUGACGGAGCGUGAGCGUCAGGUCAUGAAGAAGCUGAAGGAGGUUGUGGACAAACAGAGAGACGAGAUCCGCGCCAAAGACCGCGAGCUCACGCUGAAGAACGACGACGUGGAGGCGGUGCAAGAUCUUGUACACAUCCACACACACACACACACACACACACACAAUAUAUAUAUAUAUAUA